AAUCGUGUCGAAUUGCUGAACGAUUCAUUCAGGAGUCGGUUCAGACUGGAGCUGAAUGCUGAUCCGCCUUUUGUUGUAGUGAGUGCACAUGGCCUGGGGGGGAACAUGUGAAGUAUUAGAGGCGGAGGGCAGAACCCUGGCCUGGACUGGGAGCUUCUCAGCUCGCCCUGUUUCUGCUGCAGCUCUGAAGUAAGUUACCUCAAACAGCCAGGCAGCCCGGAGGAGAAGGAGGAGUCGGUUGAUUGAUUCAGUUGAGAGUCGGUUGGUGUGCAUGUGCGGGUUGUUAGUUAGCUCGGCUAGAAGCUUGUGUUUGUUAGCUAGCUCUGGCCCAUUUAGCGUUAGCUAGCUAAAGGCUAACGGCUCCGAUGCUACAGCGCCUCUGCCAUGACUAAGACGCCCGGCAGCGCGGCUCUGUGCCCGGGUGGCGGGGAUGUGCUGCCCCGGCUCGGGGUUGUGGAGCAGCAGAGCCCGUGUCCGCCUCCGCACCGCGGCACAGCGGCAGCGGCGGCGGCGGCUCUCCCCGCGCUGGUUGUAACCUGUGAACCUCGUAUCCCUCAGCUCGCCGCCGCGGAGGAGCAGGAGAAGAAGAACCGCGCUCCGGGAGUUAGCGGACUCUCCAUCGGCUCCAACACGGACGAGGAGUCGCUGUGCUCGGACAGCGGCUUCAGCGGCUCCCCCGCCUCCUCUCUGGUUCUCCGAAAGCUCUCCAACUCCUCCUCAGCCGGACUGUCGCCAACCUCCUCCAUAGAGGAGUAUGAGGAGGAGGGUCAGGGUGCUGGAGGUUCAGGGCCACGGAACAGCAGGGCGUGCACAGCCGACCACGAUACUAGUGAAUUGUGGAAGAGGAAUAAAAACAUGGUGAAUUGGUCACCGGUGGUGGUUCCUCUGGAAAAGCGUUCUCCUUGGGUUCAAGUGGUCGGUCAUGCAGGUAAUUUUCAGACAGGCAGUGAUGGGAAGCUGCUGAAGAAGUACUGUGCCUGUGAGCAGCAGUGUUUGCAGCGGCUGAUGGAGGACGUCCUGCGGCCCUUUGUACCUGGAUAUCAUGGCUUGACCCAGAGAGAUGAGCAGGACUACAACCUCAUGGACGACCUGCUCGCUUACUUCGACUCUCCCUGCAUCAUGGACUGCAAAAUGGGAAGCCGGACGUACCUGGAAGAGGAGCUGAAGAAAGCACGCAAGAAUCCGCAGCCACGUAAAGACAUGUACGAGAAAAUGGUAGCAGUAGAACCAGAGGCACCGACACCCGAGGAAAGGACCCAGCAAGCAGUGCUCAAAACCAGAUAUAUGCAGUGGAGGGAGACCCUGAGCUCCACCGCCACCAUGGGCUUCCGUAUAGAGGGCAUCAAGAAAUCUGAUGGCACAUGCAACACCAACUUUAAGAGGACUAAAGACAGGGAGGAAGUGAUGCAGGCAUUAGAAGACUUUGUUGACCACAACCUGUCUGUCCUGAAAAGCUACCUACAACGGUUAAAGGAGCUGCGAGUUCAGCUGGAGAAAUCGGACUUCUUUAAAGCACACGAGGUGGUUGGAAGCUCCCUGCUGUUUGUGCACGACCACAGUGGCCGAGCUGGAGUGUGGAUGAUUGACUUUGGCAAGACGGUACCCGUGCCCCCUCCUCUCACUCUGGACCACCGGAGCCCAUGGGUGGAGGGAAAUAGGGAGGAUGGCUACCUCUGGGGCCUGGACAAUUUUAUUGACAUUUUGACCAACAUGCUCUCUGGGCAGUGAAAUCAUUUCCCUGUUUAAAUGCACAAAACAGACUACACCUCGAGGACGUCUUGAAAUGUACUGUGUACUGUUUUUCCUUGUAAAUAGACUUUUUAUUUAAUUUUAUGAAAAUGUGGAGCAGUUUGGAUAUUUUGUCUGAUGUAGAAAGUUUUGUAGCCGAGGCGAAAGUUUUUAGUCUUAUCCGGAAAUGGCUGAUGUGGCGGCAGAUUGUAAAGUUCUGGUUCCUAACAAGCCAGAGCGACGGGAGAAGGGGAUUACGAGAUUGAGCUGAGAUUAAGUGCAGCUCCUGCUGUAGUGUGGGUUUUAUACCGGCCCAAAGUGACAAAGAGAGCUGAGCUUUUAAAGCAAAGAUCCAAAUUUACCAUUUAAUCUUCAGUACUAUGCACAUGUUUUAGGCAACUGUAAAAAAAGACAGUUUUAAAGCUCCUUUUUUGGGCUGUAAGUGAUAUUUUUUUUUUAUUAGUUUGGUAAAACACUAUAAACACUAUUAUAUUAGAACCAAUCUACCAUCAACCAUUUAGGGCUGUAACGAUUAGUUGAUAUAAUCGACAAUGUAGAUUAUUUCAAUUUUGUAGACUAAUCAUUAUUUGUAACAGUCCCGCAUUACACAAAGUGCUGGGAACAGAAGCGCAAUGAGAGAUGGGUAAAUGGCUCACUCACACAGUUUAUAUUCAACUUAGUCUGUGUCUCCAAAAGUGUCCUAACAUAAUAGAUUACAUAUUUACUCACUAAAUAUCAAUACUUCCUCUUUUAAACAACAUCCAGACUGUUUGCAUCUUUUUUAGAGAUGGAGGACAUGGCAGAAAUGAUCAUUGACUACUCGACUAAUCGAAAAAGUAAUCUGAUUAUUUGACUACAAAAAUAAUAAUUUGUUGCAGCCCUACUACCAUUUAUAGAAAACAUCAUAUAUUUUAAUCUCACUGAGUUCUAUGUUAAAACAUCUCGAAAUUUCUCAUCAUUGAGUCUAGUAUGAUGCAUAAUUCUCAUUUAUAUUAGCAUAUGGUUUGGUAAAUUUGGUGAGCUGUUUUGACUUUUUUUUAUCUAAAGUGAUAUGAACUUUUUUUAAAAAAGAAAAAAUCAUUUUAUGUCGUAUUAUUUAGUUUAUUUGCAUCUAUUAUUAGAGUAUGUUGUGCAUUUUCAAACAGAAACACUCUGCUGUUGCUGACAUAAGAGGUUUUGAACUUUUGAGUAAUGUGUUGGGUGCCUAAACAUUUGCACAGUACUGUAUUGUCCAUGCUUAUAUAGGUACAUGAAGUGCUUUGUUGGGGAGCUCUGAUAUUUGGGAGAUGCUCUGUAUAGAGCUGCUGUUUUUUUUUAAUGCUCAGAAGCGACAGUUGAUGAGGUGGAUUGGGAGGCGUACCAGUUGGGAGAAGACACUUACUUAGGAAGAUUUGGGUCUCGCUGGAGGGAAUUGUACUGUAUCUGGGCGUUCCAAAGAGAAAUUGGUGGGAUGGAAGGCAACAGUGAUAACCUAUGCCAGAAUUCAGUCCUGGAGGGCCAGCCUUCAGCAUAGAUUGAUGGCUGGCCUCACUGGUGGAAGGAUGGUUAAAAAAAAAAUCCCUCUUAAGUGGAAAAAGGGCGCAAAGUGCCCUAUUGGCUGCCAUUUGUAGGAGCUACAGUGCUUCUUCUCUUUUUCCAACAUAUUACUAUUAUGUGCCUCCAGAUCAAGACAUUAUAUAACAUAAUCUUAAGUCUUAACACAUCUGAUUCUACUGGCAACUGCCGAACAAUGCUGCAGACCAGCCCUCCAAGACUCUAAAUUGGACUGAGUGGACAAGAUUAUGGUAAUCAUCAUGAUUUCCUCAUUGCUCAGGCUUGGCUUUUAUAAAAGAUGUUUGUACAGGAAAUGGGAAAAGGAAAUGUUUUUUUUUUAGUUACAGAGUGCUUUCCUACUGAAAGGAAUGAAUGCCAGUGAAAAUCUGGACCGACAUUCUAGUCGUAUGUUAAUGGAUAUUCUUUAUCGCGAAGUUGUCAAAUCAUUUUGUGACCAAGUAAAUUAUAUAAUAUACCUAUGAUCAAACCUGACUUGAGGUCUAGCUGUGUAUUUAGUCAGAUGUUCACUUAUCAUUUUAUAAAAGCUUGAUUGAUCUCUGUCUGUAGCUUUGUCUCAAAGCCUAGGCUGCAGUGGAGGUGGGCAGUAUUUCUCAGCUGCUUUUCCAUUGCAGGAAUGAACAGUUUUGAGGACGGAGGCUAACCAUUCACGUGGCUUUUCUGUACGAAUACGCUUCAACAUGGAGCUUUUAAAAACAAGGCUGGCUCUGGUUUUCUUAGCACGGCUGGCUGUACUUGGGGCUGGGACUGCUAAUGCAGCGUUAGUGACAUUGGCUGUGCCCAUUCAGCGACAUUAAGAACACAUUGUUAACAAUCUUGGAUGAUCCAGCAUUCAUGACGUUGAAAGACGUUCAUGAUGUUGGACGUGUCCAUCCACUGGCAUUGCUAUGGCAGUGUUUCCAAUCUUGGUUGAGCCCUGUUGAUGGAAUUGCUAAAGAAGCAUUAGCGACAUUUGGAGUCCUGUUGCCAAAACACUGCUAACAUGCCACUAGUAAUGUUGGAUGAGCCCAUCCGCCGGCAUUUCUAACUCUGGUUAGAAUCCCGGUCAUGCAGCUUGCCGGAACCCUGAGAGAGCACAAUUGGCAUUGCUCUCUCUGGGUGGAUAGAUGGCACUCUUUCCCCUCAUCACUCCUAGGGUGAUGUCGAUCAGCAUGCGGCAUCUGUGAGCUGAUGUAUCAGAAACGCUUUCCUCCGAUGAGUCCAAUGCUAAUGCAGCAUUAAUGACAUUUGGAUGAGCCCUGUCGCCCAAACGCUGCUAACAUGCCGGUUGUGAUGUUGGAUGAGCCCAUCCGCCAGCAUUUUUACUCUGUGUUAACUAUCUGUCUUGGACGAUAUUGGUAACAAUGUGGGCUGGUAGAAGCAUAAAAACACACAAAAAACACUUUCUCCUCUUUGCAUUUAGUUAGCUAGUAUAUUCUGUUCCGUGCUAUUCGUGGGCAUGAUUAAACAACACAGAAAAUGGACAAAAAGAAACUGUGACGUUAGUGAUCAUUUGACCCUGCAGUGGAAAAUCAGCUUCAGUAUACAGCUAAAAUACGCAGCUGAUGUUCAUGGCAAUCUUAAGGAUGAUAUUGAUGUAUCCUUCAUUGCCUACAGGUACCUAUAAUUUUUUUGAUAAUGUACAAUAAUAAGAAGGAAAAAGAAAAACAGCACCUUAAAAAAUUAGCCUUUGAUGCAUAGUUCAUUUUAAGAUGUUUUAAGAUUUUAGGUCUUUUUUUUAUUUUAGGUCUUAUUAGACUUCAUAGGUCAGUCCUCCGCCUGCAGCCUAGGUCAUCACUUUACACAAUUUCAUGAACACAGAUCAUAACACUCCCAUACAAGUGUAUUUUUAUGAAUGCUGUAGCUAUUUUUUUAUUUUCAGCAGACCUGUUGUAAAAAAAAAAUUCUGUAUAACUUAAUAACCUUCAUCUCUUAUUCAGAACAUCGCUGUGUUCUGAUUUCUGAUGGCAGGUUCACACUACACAACUUCAGUCGUCAGAUUGUUGCAUCAUUCACACUAUUGUGGUCUCUCGUAAUCUAAUAGCUUUUAGUGGUUGUGGUUUGUACACUACACGACUGACCAUCAGGAGGAAGUCUUUACGAUUUACCAGUCUACAUGAUGUACGAAAAUGUGGCCUUUUUGACAUGAAAACAAACAAGAACUGAUGAGAUGACAAAUGCGAGACAUGGAUGUCCAUUGAAAUUUAGAGGGACAAGUUUUCUGUGUGCUGAUAUGCAGCAAAAACGCACAAAAGAAAAUGGAUAAAGAUGUUUAUAGACAUUAACUCCACCCUUAGAUUUACCUCAUUCUGUAUUGUGUAUCUGUAUUGCUGCUCUAACCUCCAGGCCCACUAAUUUAUAUUUAGAGUCACCAAUUGGUCCAUAUUUUAAACCUGCUAGAUAUUUGUUGAAGCCUUCGAGAACUAUAUUCGUGAAGCCUCUGAGCCAGCACAGAGUGAACUGUAAUUGUCUUUGGGUUUCUCAAAUCCAAGGCUUUUAUAAGCAAUUUCCAAAAACAACUGGAAAACAAACUGGAAUAUCUGUCCUAAAAUUUUGAAUUGUGAAACCUGGUGUGAGCUGGUUAAUGUUACAGGCAAGAACCCUAUGCAGAUAAGCCAUGGUGGACCAGACAACCAAUAACUGGGCGGUUCAGUCCAUGUGGAGAGUUUUACAGUUUUACAUUUGCAUUAAACCUGAUGCUGUCAACGUCUAUAUGUUUGUACACUGUUCAGAAAUCCACUUUUUUUUUUUUUUUUUUUUUUACUGUAGGCUUGAUCAUGGUAUUUUGGUGAUUUGGUGUAUUGGGCAUUUAUGUUGUGUAUAUAGUGUUGUAAAAUUGUAUAGUGUUGAUUUGUCAACACAAUAAAUGUUAACAGUUGUCAGAA